AUUGGCGCAAAUAUGCAAUGAAAAGGAGCCGAGGGAAGUGGAACUGUCAUAUAAAAGAGCUAUUGCUCUCUUAAUUGGAGGUCUCUCUCUUCCUUGUUCACUGGUUCCUGGGCUUCGACCUGCAACAAAAUUAGGGUUUUGGAGAGGGUUUUGCAGAAUGGUUUUGAGCAAGGGAAAGAAGGCUAAGGUCUCCGCACCUGAAGAAGAGGAGGGUCUUGAGCACAUAGACGGGGAGCUCGUUCUCUCCAUCGAAAGGUUGCAGGAGAUACAAGAUGAGCUUGAAAAGGUCAAUGAGGAAGCAAGUGACAAGGUCCUGGAGGUGGAACAAAAGUAUAAUGAGAUACGCCGCCCUGUUUACAAUAAACGAAAAGAAAUCAUUCAAACCAUCCCUGACUUUUGGUUAACUGCAUUCCAAAGUCACCCUGCACUAGGUGAGCUUUUAACUGAAGAGGAUGAGAAGGUUUUCAAGUAUUUGCAAUCUUUGGAUGUUCAGGAUUUCAAAGACGUGAAAUCUGGCUAUUCUAUAGCAUUUAACUUCUCGACUAAUCCUUAUUUUGAAAACACAAAGCUCACAAAAACAAUUUCCUUCUCUGAUGAAGGGACAAGCAAGAUAACUGGUACAACUAUCAAAUGGAAAGAUGGCAUGGAAAUGCCAAAUGGUGUUGAUCACAAGAAAAAAGGGGGCAAGAGGGCUUUCACUGAGGAGAGUUUCUUCUCAUGGUUCAGUGAUAAUCGACAAAAUGGUGGUCUUUCAGAGAGUGAGGACGAGUCUAUUGUUUGUGACGAGGUUGCUGAGAUUAUUAAGGAAGACUUGUGGCCUAAUCCUCUCAAGUAUUUUAACAAUGAUGCUGAUGAGGAGGAGAUGGAUGAGGAGGAAGAGGAUGAGGAAGAAGAUGAUGAUGCAUUAGGGAAGAAUGAGAAUGGCUCCGAUGAUGAUGACUCCGACGAUGAUGAACAAGAUGGGGAUGAUGAAGAUGAGGCCUAGUUUUGCAUCCAUCGAUUGGUUUUGUAUGCUUGUGGCUUUGGCUCAUGUGAAGCAAGUCAUUUUGGUUGCAGAGGGGCCAAGAAACAGGAUAGCCUCUUACUUAUCUCUCGUAGUUGGUUAGCCUUCUUCUCGAAACCACAAUCUUUCUCUCUCUCUCGUGCGCUAAGGCCCUUGAUUUUGUUGGGGAAUCAUCAUGGGUUAUACAUGCGUCUUGGAUAGUGAAUUGAAUUUUUUGCAUGGCUUUUUUUUUUUGUUGCCAUUAGAGUUGCAUAGCUUAGUGGACAUGCUGAAUGUAACAUUUUGUGUUGCCAGAAGGCUGCCUGGGCCAUAAUUAUAUACAGGUAUUUUGUUUGUGAACAGAUUAUGGAACUUCAACUGUCAAUUAAUGUAAAAAUGCUCCGGUGUUCUGGUCC